CUCUGUUAAACAUUAACUUCAGCUCUGCCGCAAGAAAAAACAUGAGCCCAUUUUCAAAGAACAGCAGCUGUCCUCUUAGGCAGGAAGGUUGUAAAGUAAUAAUUUACAGGCAUCAUCCCAGCAAAAACGGAAGAGAGGCCGGAAAUACGGUUAAUUUGCCGCGCACAAUCAGCCAUCUUUGCAAAUUAGCUGGUAAAAUCUAUGGAUUUCAACCUGUUAAAGUAUUUAAUGAAGAUGGUGGAGAGAUCAAGGACUUGAAUGUCACUAGGGACAAUGAUAAGUUGUUUCUGUGUGACAGGGAAGAGCUUGAGCAGGCAUUUCAUAGGAAGUGAUUUAAACAAUGUUGACCUCAUAUAGUAAUGGACUGAAAUUCGUGUGUGCAUGUUGAAUUUGAGAUUUUUUAAAUAUGAAGCAUGAGAAGCACACAUCCCCCAUCCUCCAUCUUCUGCCCCCACCUCAAAAUAAAAAGCUACAAAAAGCUCUUCUUUGGUGCAUGAAUCUUCAUUGUACAUAAAUUAUCAGUUAUGAACAGUUUGAUUGUUGGUAUCA